AUGGAGACGCAGGUUGUUGGAUUGACUGGAUUGGAACUCCAACAAGUGGGAGAAGUACACUCGGGACCAGGAGCUAAGUGGGCAUUAGGUGCACUGCCGGCAUUAUUAGGUGGUCAACUACCCCGUUUAUCUUCUGACCAGUCUGAUUGUGUUUCACGUGCGAAAAAAUAUGCAAUGGAACAGAGCAUUAAGAUGGUGCUGAUGAAGCAGACACUUGCACACCAGCAACAGCAGAUGGCUUCACAACGCACUCAAGUUCAGCGCCAGCAGGCUCUUGCACUUAUGUGCAGGGUGUAUGUGGGCUCUAUCUCAUUUGAACUCAAGGAGGAUACUAUUCGGCAAGCUUUUUUGCCAUUUGGCCCUAUCAAGUCUAUCAAUAUGUCAUGGGACCCAGUGACACAGAAACACAAGGGCUUUGCAUUUGUUGAGUAUGAAAUUCCUGAAGCUGCUCAACUGAGCCUGGAACAAAUGAAUGGUGUUAUGCUCGGUGGAAGAAAUAUAAAGGUAGUUGGUCGGCCUUCAAACAUGCCCCAGGCACAAGCAGUGAUUGAUGAGAUUCAGGAAGAGGCAAAACAAUAUAAUCGUAUCUAUGUGGCAUCUGUUCACCCAGAACUCACUGAGGAUGAUAUUAAAAAUGUUUUUGAGGCAUUUGGUCCCAUCACUUAUUGCAAGCUAGCAUAUGGUGCUUCUGCACACAAGCACAAAGGAUAUGGAUUCAUUGAAUAUGCAUCAUUGGCUGGAGCUCUUGAGGCUAUUGCAUCUAUGAAUUUAUUUGAUUUAGGGGGACAGUAUCUGCGCGUUGGCCGCGCUAUUACCCCUCCUAAUGCUCUCCUCGGUCCCCCUGCUGCCUGUGCGAUGCCCACAGCUGCCGCUGUGGCUGCUGCAGCUGCGACCGCUAAGAUUCAAGCUAUGGAUGCCGUUGCCAGUAAUGCGGUGGCUCUUGGUCUUACUAAGCUUAAUGCCCUGGGUGUAUCACCCGCCGCAGCAUUGCCAACUCUCGCUGCUGCGCUUCCUGUGACUAUGCCCGUUACUCUUCCGGUUUCGUUGCCCGCUGCGCUGCCGCCGCCCGUCACUUCUGCGGUCAUUCCACCGCCAGGCGUCGUCAUUCCACCCGCGCCGGCACGGCCCGCUAUUAGUGAAGAGAGCAGUAUGGGUAUAUCGGGCAAUGCAACGGACGAGAGUGGGUCAAACGGAGCCGGCGCACAGGCGGCGUUACAACGGAAGCUAUUGGAUAGUUCACCGGAUACGCUGCAGCAGCAAGAGUCUCUCUCGAUAUCAGGACAGUCUGCGAGACAUCUUGUCAUGCAGAGACUUAUGAGACGGCGCGCUUCUCGGACGGUAUUGCUACGGAACAUGGUGUCGCCCAGGGACGUCGACGAAGCCCUCCACCACGAGAUCCGAGACGAAUGUGGGAAGUGGGGACGAGUUCAGCGCGUCGUGAUAUACAACGAGAGGCAAAGUGAACACGACGAUCCGUUGCAAGCGCAUGUCAAGAUCUUCGUUGAGUUCGCGGAGCCGGAUGAGGCAAGUGCAGCGGCAUCCGCCUUGGAGGGACGUUACUUUGGUGGGCGUACUGUUCGGGCGGCGCUCUACGACCAAGACCUAUUUGACCACGGCGACCUUUCCGCUUGA